GGACACCAUCUGUUUAUGAUAGUUUACACAGUUGUUUUAUUUGUUCACAUUGCUUAGGUCUAUUUCUUGUGAACUAUUGAGUAUUAUUAUUAUUUAACGGUUUAACUAAAAUGAUUAAGUCUGCUCUAUUGUUGUUUAAAUCUCCUUUAUUAUCGAACAGUGUGUCGGUCAGUGGUGCUGCAAUUUGCGCCUUUUUAAAUACCAUAACCCCCAGAAACAUUUGCACUACCUCACUUUGUAACAAGAAAAUUCGAUCAGAUUCCGGCAAAUUGAGGGUUGGCAAGGACUCAAAGUAUGAAUUAAUAGAAGGAGAAACUACACCCGAACUGCUGAACAUUAAUCAGAAAGAAUCUCUAUUUCCUGAUGCCGAUACACCGAAUCGCCUAUUUAAUGGUAUACUGUAUAAAGAAUUGCAUAUUAUUAAUAUUAAAUCAACUCCUAAUAAUACAAUUAUGACUCUCACUGAUUGCACUGGUAAAGUAUUAACAUUGCAUUCAGCUGGUGUUGAAGGUUUUAAAAAUGCUAGAAAAGGAACAAACAUUGCUGCUCAACAAGCAGCUUUAACAUUGGGUCAUCGUAUUCGUGAAUAUGGUAUAGAAUCAGUGAGAAUACGAGUACAAGGAAUCGGAGCAGGCAGAAUGUCUUCUAUAAAAGGUCUUUCUAUGACAGGAUUAAAAAUUGUUUCGAUUACGGAUGAUACUAGGGUAAGCUGGAAUCCGCCAAGACCAAGAAAACAAAGAAGAGUAUGAUUUAGUG